GGAGGAUUCCCGUUGCCAAUAAUUAAUCUUCGUUGAUUGGAGCUCUUUAAUUAUAAAUUAAUAGAUUAUCCAAGACUUUGGGAUGGCAAGGAAUCCACAAGAACGAAUCAAAAACCAAUACAGGACAGCGAUGUGAAGGAAUCUGCCCUUUCGCCCCAAACAAACGGCUCUCUCGCAUUCACGAAGACGCACGAAGGGUGCCCUCUCUUCUCAGCCACACGAAGCCCCAACUUUUUCUUGUUGUUCAAUGUUUCGCUUAUAUUAACAUGUGGGGAAUGGAAAGAAUCAUUUAGUCGCCGUGGCUCCAACGUGUCAGUAGUUUCACAUUUUAAUCGUCCGGUCGCGAAGUAGCACCUCGAGCGCCCAAGAAGAAGCAGCAACUGCAGCAGUAACUACGACAGCAACAACAAUAUCAACAGAAACCACAUUAAAGCGGACGGAAUGGCGGAAAAAGUAAAUGUGUGCAUUGUUGGCUCCGGCAACUGGGGUUCGGCCAUCGCCAAGAUUGUGGGCGCCAACGCAGCGGCGCUGCCCGAGUUCGAGGAGCGGGUGACCAUGUUCGUCUACGAGGAGCUGAUCGACGGCAAGAAGCUGACGGAGAUAAUCAACGAGACGCACGAGAACGUCAAGUACCUGAAAGGUCACAAGCUGCCCCCGAAUGUGGUGGCUGUGCCCGACCUGGUUGAGGCUGCCAAGAACGCUGACAUCCUGAUCUUUGUGGUGCCCCACCAGUUCAUUCCCAACUUCUGCAAACAGCUGCUCGGCAAGAUCAAGCCCAAUGCCAUCGCCAUAUCCCUGAUCAAGGGCUUCGACAAGGCCGAGGGUGGCGGCAUUGAUCUGAUUUCGCAUAUUAUCACGCGACACCUCAAGAUCCCAUGCGCCGUGCUGAUGGGCGCCAAUCUGGCCAACGAAGUGGCUGAGGGCAAUUUCUGCGAGACAACCAUCGGCUGCACGGACAAGAAGUACGGCAAGGUGCUCCGCGACCUCUUCCAGGCUAAUCACUUCCGCGUGGUCGUCGUCGACGAUGCCGACGCCGUGGAGGUGUGUGGUGCCCUCAAGAACAUCGUCGCCUGCGGUGCGGGCUUCGUCGAUGGUCUGAAGCUGGGCGACAACACCAAGGCAGCUGUGAUCCGGUUGGGUCUCAUGGAAAUGAUCCGUUUCGUCGAUGUCUUCUAUCCUGGCAGCAAGCUGUCCACCUUCUUCGAGAGCUGCGGUGUUGCGGAUCUGAUCACGACAUGUUACGGUGGCCGCAAUCGUCGGGUAUCUGAGGCCUUUGUCACCUCCGGAAAAACUAUUGAGGAGCUGGAGAAGGAAAUGCUGAAUGGCCAGAAGCUGCAGGGCCCACCCACUGCCGAGGAGGUUAACUACAUGCUGAAGAACAAGGGUCUGGAGGACAAAUUUCCUCUGUUCACGGCUAUCCACAAAAUUUGCACAAAUCAGCUCAAGCCUAAUGAUUUAAUCGAUUGCAUACGCAAUCACCCUGAGCAUAUGCAAAAUUUGUAAAAUCCCAAAGACAAGAACAAACGUUUUUUUAACAUUUUUAUGCACCAAAGAGCGAAAACGUAUUUUUCAGCACAAAUCCAACUUUAUAAAAUUUGGGGGACUUGCAGGUCCCGUAACUACCCAGCUACAAAGAUCUUUCAUAGGUUGUUUUUAGUUUACUUUUUUGUUUAGUCCAAGGCAUAUCCAACGAUCCACGAGAGAUAACUAACAAGAAACACCAAAGUCUGCUUUAAUUUUAUAAAAAUGCGCGAGUACCUAAAAGAUGUUGAUAUUGUCAUUUUGUGGCCAAGAGUAUUACAGGCAGGAAUCGAAUGGAAAAUGGAUCGAACUCCGACAAGAACAUAGUCUAAUUUUAACCGGAUUGCGUAGAUAUUAGAAUUUUAAUAAUAACAAGUGUUGCAAUAAAAGCUGAGUAGUUAAAUAAAUAA